CUUCCUCCGGUCGCCGCAAGUCGCUUCAGGCUGGAGCGGUCCCCGAUCCCUUCCUAACCCCUCACCCCCAGACGAGCCGGCGAGUCCUCUUUUCGGUCUCCAGUAAACCAUCGGAGGCCUGGGAGGCCGGACCCGUGCCGUUUACCGCAUCUCUGCCUUCUCCGAGGUGGUAAAAUGUGCUGCGAAAAGUGGAGCCAAGUGGCCGAAAUGUUUCUCUUUAUCGAAGACCUCGAGGAGGAUUGUAAGAUCCUUUGCCUCUGCUCCAGGGCAUUUUUGGAAGAUCGAAAAUUGUGCAAUUUGGGAUUAAAAGGCUACUAUGUUAAAGGCAAUGACAGCAAUGCAGGAGACCAAACCCCAGAAGAGGAAGGGGGUCCUUCCCAUGGCACUGCACAAUCAUGUGAUAGCAAAGACAUAGGCCUAGAUGAAAGUAAACUUGAUUCUGAGGCUGAACUCAUGAGAAGUAUGGGACUGCCACUUCAGUUUGGUGGGAAGUCUACACACAAGAAUUUUGAGGUGACUAUGAAUACUAGAAAUAAAGUUAAAAUGAAAAAGAAAAAACAUCAAAAGAAGUACUUAAAUGAAAUUAUCAAAGAAUCUUGGAGACAAGAAUAUGAAGAUGACAUUUUGUCUUCAGAUGAUCCAUCUUCGAUUGAACAGCAUGAGAACACCAGAACGAAUGAACUUCAAAUCAAAAAAGACAUUGAAACUGAAAACCUGCCUAUUGAAAAUACCUUAACUCCAAAGCUAGAAAUUACAGAGAAAUGGGAAAAGUACUGGAAUGAAUAUGGUGUAGGACUAUUAUGGCAAAGCUGGCAAGAAAACCACCCAGAUCAAACACUGUGUUCUGAACCGUGGAAUGUUCCUGGUACAAAGGAAGAAUGGGAACAACAUUAUAGUCAACUUUAUUGGCAUUACUUGGAACAAUUUCAGUAUUGGGAUGCUCAAGGUUGGACUUUUGAUGCCUCGCAAAGCUGCAAUACAAAUACUUGUGACUCUAAAACAGAAGUUGACAACGAGGAAGAUGAAAACUGCAUGAAAGCAGACUUACUAUCUUUUCCGCCUUCAUUAAUUGGUAGCAUAAGCUCUAGUUCAAGUGAUAAAGAUCAUAAUGAAAUGCUGAAUGGAAUUAGUAACCUAAAUCUGAAUUCAGAGAAAGUAGAACAGAGCCAGUUAGAUUCCUCUUUAAGUUCUGAUGGACAUCAGUGGCUCAGUGAAGUUGACAGCAAAAGAGAAUGCCCUGCAUCUGGCCAAGGUGAACCAAGUAAUGGAGGAACCAAGGAAAGCAACGUGUCUGGAAACAGAGACACAAACCAACCAGCUCAGGAUUCACAGGAAUCUUCAAACACAAUCAAAGAAAGAGCACACCCCACUGGUAUUGAUGGAGAAGAGAGUGAAGACGAUCCACCUGAACGUAAGCCAAGCAAACUUAAGAGGAGCCAUGAACUGGACAUUGAAGAAAACCCAGAUUCAGACUUUGAUGACAAUGGUUCCCUUCUAGGAUUCAAGCAUGGCUCAGGACAAAAAUAUGGUGGAAUUUCAAAUUUCAGUCAUAGGCAGGUCGGGUAUCUACAGAAGAAUGUCAAGUAUAAGUCAAAGUUCUUGGACAUGAGAAGACAAAUAAAUAUGAAAAACAAACACAUUUUCUUUACUGAAGAGUCAGAAAAAACAUGUUUCAAGAAAAGCAAAGCUUUGAGUAAGGUAGAAAAAUUCCUAAAAUGGGUUAACGAACCAGUGGAUGAGGAAGCUUCACAGGAGUCAGCUUCUCAUAACAACAUACAAGACACUUGCACAAGCAGUGAUUCAGAGGAACAAGAAACGUCUGUUACGAAAGACGAUGACCCAUUGGUGACGAGCAUUCCAGAACCUAAAAAGUGUUACACCGUAGCAUCAUCUGGUGAACUUGAAACAGAAAAAAAUGGAGACAGCAUAGUAGCAGCUGUUACAGAUAAGGAGAAUUGUGCUGCUCAGGAUAAGCCAGACUCUCUUCAGGUAGAAACUGAGGCUGAAAUUAAAAAGAAGAAGAAGAAGAAGAAGAGGGACAAAAAGGUAGUUGGUCUGCCUCCUGAGAUAGCUGCUGUUCCUAAGCUGGCAAAAUACUGGGCCCAGAGAUACAGGCUCUUCUCUCGUUUUGAUGAUGGGAUUAAAUUGGACAGAGAGGGCUGGUUUUCAGUUACACCUGAGAAAAUCGCCGAACACAUAGCUGGCCGGGUCAGUGAAUCCUUCAAGUGUGACAUUGUAGUAGACGCAUUUUGUGGAGUCGGAGGAAAUUGCAUUCAGUUUGCCUUAACUGGAAAGAGAGUGAUUGCCAUUGAUAUUGAUCCUGUUAAGAUUGAUCUUGCUCGGAACAAUGCAGAAGUUUAUGGGAUAGCAGACAAGAUAGAGUUCAUCUGUGGAGAUUUCCUGCUGCUGGCUCCUGAUUUAAAGGCCGACGUCGUGUUCCUCAGCCCCCCAUGGGGAGGGCCAGACUACGCUACCGCAGACAUCUUUGACAUUAGGACAAUGAUGUCUCCUGAUGGCUUUGAAAUUUUCAGACUUUCCCAGAAGAUUACUAAUAAUAUUGUUUAUUUUCUUCCAAGAAAUGCUGAUAUUGACCAGGUGGCGUCCUUAGCUGGGCCUGGAGGGCAAGUAGAAAUAGAACAAAACUUUCUUAAUAAUAAAUUGAAGACAAUCACUGCUUAUUUUGGGGACCUGAUCCGAAGACCAGCCUCAGAAUCAUAAUCGUGAGGUGAUAAAAGGACAAAAAGAUCCUGCAGUGGUCAGAACAUUAUUCCCGUGAGACACUUGGAAUAACUAUGUGUGUCGAACAUUAGGAUAGUAAGUGUCUGACGUGGAAAGGGUGGGCAAACUGUGCUAAUGUCAGUCAGCAUGUGUGUGUAUAUAUGUGCAUAUGUCUGUAUCUUUUUAAAUUUUAUAUAUUUUGGUUUAACAUCUGUGUGUAUAUAUAAAAAACAGUUACUGUGUUUUUAUAAUACAGAGAGAUACAAAGAAAACAGUAAAUGAAUUCUAGUCUAUCUACCCAUUUAACCUGUUGAAAUAAAUGUUAUACCUUUAAGGAUAGAAACAAAGAGUACAGAAAGGUUCAAAAAUAAAAAGUAAAAUUCUCCCCUUCCCUUCCUCUACCCUUCAUUCAUCUAUCUAAAGAUAACCACAGCUAACAUCUUAUGAUUCCUUU